AUGGCGUCCAUCGUAUUUCCUCCCUUUCGAUCGACGUGCCGUUGGUUCUCGGUCAAAACUGCAGCCCGAGCUGUUGUGCCCGCAAAAUCUAUACCUCCUGUUGACCUACAGGACACUGCAUCCAAACCACCCAGUCCAACAGCAAGCUCGAGGCUUCCUCGGUCACAAAUCAAACGGGCGAAGAUCGCAGAGGAGAAAUUAGUUCAUCAUUUGAAAGCGAAAGAAGAAUUAGAAAACCGACUACGAGCUAGUUUUCGUCCACCUGAAAUUCUAUACGACGAUGAGAAAGUCUUGGUGAUCAACAAGCCGGCUGGUUGCGCCUUGCAAGCUGAAGAAGGAUCAGAGGCUUUCAUUCGAUGGAAUUUGAUCCACGAUCAUUUCACAAACAUCUAUGGAAAGCUCUACCUAGUUCAGCGUCUUGACAAGUCAACCUCAGGUCCUUUGAUACUUGCUCGAUCAUCAUCAGUAGCUCGAACGAUUGGUACUCAAUUCAAACAGUCUACUAUUAAAAAGCGAUACCUCGCGCUCGUCCAAUUCCUUCCCACGAAGAGAGGUCCAAUCCAGGAGGCAACUACUCAAGGGAAAGUGCUUUGUAGGAUGCGUAAUCGGAGUGAUAAGAUGGUAAUCGCAGAAGCGAAUCGUACGGGACCUGAUUGCAAACGCGCAGAGACUGAUUGGAAGCUGGUUACCGCCACAUCAACCCAUGCCAUUGUCUCUUUGCUACCAACCACCGGACGAAAACAUCAGUUACGACUAGUUUGUUCGAGAUUUCUAUCAGCACCAAUUGUUGGUGACUUUAAGUACGACUUCAGAUACUUGAGCGAUAAAUCUCAGAAAUGUAUUGAAGACUUUUUGAAAAGAGAAAGUGAUAGUAGGAUCAUGUUGCACUCUUCACAAAUUGAAUUCAAACUUUAUCGAAAGGAAGAACCCAAGCAGAUCACUAUCAAAGUUCGAGCUCCGUUUCCUGAAGAUUUUAGAAUCCUGUGUGACCAACUCGAUCUUGCAACAGAAGAUUUGCGCCAUUAG